UGCAUAGUUUGCGACUCCCGAUCGCUACUUGCUGAGCUUUAUUCCGACUUGUUUGUUACUUAAAUUGUCGAUUAUAUUCUUAACAACUAGGAAUAAACGUUCUGCGAUAAUAGAACAGGGCUUACAUCAUCGUAUAGCGGCUUAGUUUGUCUUAUAAGUCGUGUUUUUGCGAAAACAUGUAGCUUAUAAGUAUGUGUCGGCUUUAGUGAUCAUAUUUCACGGUUCUGAUAACAGUUUGUUUCAUUGUUUCGAAAGAAACGAGGUGUUAUGUUCGUGUUUUAGCGUUUAGCAGCCGUUAGGAGUUUGAAACUUCACGAUGAUGGAAGCAUGCUGUUCUCGCUUCACGUCAGCGGAGGGGGGCGCGCGCCUCGCUGCCGCCGCCGCCACCAAGAACAUUCUCGCAGUAGAAUACGCUAGCUUCAUACCCGUGAGGUUGCUGUAUGAGAAGGCCUAUCAGAUCCGCGGCUCUCUAUCGGAAGGGCGCAAACGCUCAGUCUACAUCACCCGCGCGUCCCGGGUACAAGUGGUGGCCUUCGAGUUGAAGAUACUGACAGACUUGGCCACGGCGGCUGCUCAGCUGUACCCUGAUGUGAACGAUUGGAGCGAUGAGUUGGAGACCAAGGAGGUCCUGAUCUGCACCUCGUCAGUGCUGAAGCAGCUACUAGAGGAACAACUCCUUAGCAUCAGCAACAUCAACGUGCUCAUCAUAGACAGCUGCCACCUCAUAUACAGCGACCAGGACUUGAAAUAUAUAAUGCGAUCAUACAAGAGAUGCCCACAAGCAGACCAACCAACCAUCUUAGCUCUCACCUACCCUCUAUUUUCCACUAAAAAAGACUUAGAUAAAGACAAUAAAAAUAAACCUAACGACACAAACAACACACAGAAAGAUCUAGAACAACAAUCUUCUGCAAAAGAGAGUGAGAUUGAAGAAGAUAAUACUACAGGAAAGAUGGAGAUUGAGAACACAAAAAAUGUUGAAAAUCAGACUGAAAUUAAUGAUAAAUCAAAAGCAGAGAAUGAGAUAGAAGGUAAAGAAAUAGCCUUAAAAGAAGAUAUAAAAGAAGAAAUGACAAAUGGAGAAGGAGAAAGAGAAAGACAUGUACAAGCAGUGAAACAACAAGAGUUAGGAGAAGAGAUGGGAGUGUAUGAGAAUUUGGAUGACUUCGACAUGUAUGAGAAGUUAGAAUGGAAGAUAGAAGAGUUGGAGAGUGAGCUGUGCUGUCAGAUGGACUUGGCUGAAGAUAUUGAUGGUGGGAAGAGGACGGCCUCCUCAAUCUCCAAGCCCAAGGAACUAAUCAUAGAGUACGGUUUGCGUCCAUCAGACGAGACGCUGCCCGCUCUGUACCAAGAUGUAGAUACAUACAUGAGAGUGACCGUACAAGACGCUUUACACUUCAUUGAUGAUCACCGCCAUGACCCCACAGAGAUAUACGGCGAGGAGAUGUAUGACGAGUUCAUGAGUAUCCCGGACCCCAAGAUAGACCCCACGCUGGUGUUCAAGCAGUUCCUAUACGUGCUCGAUCAGUUGGGCCCGUACGCAGCGGACAAAGCAGCUUUCGCGUUACUAACAAAAUUAGAAAAACUCAAAAUCAAAAUACCUUAUGAACGCCACUUCAUACUCAUGUGUUUAUGUACCACAGUAUUUUUGAAAAUCCGAUGCUACGCCGAAAUGAUUUUCGAAAAAGUUGACGACGAAUGGGAAAGAUUAAAGACCUUUUCGUCGCCGAAAAUCAUGAGAUUGGCCGAAAUUUUGGAGAAGUUCAAACCGCCGGAUAUUCGGCCUAACAAUUCGGUUGUUAACGGAAAGGAUAGUCGGGAUAGUAAGGAUAGUAAUGAGGUCGUGUCUACUGGUUGUGAUAACUUAAGUAAAGGGAAUUUAAAGAAAAUGUUAAGUGAAAUAGAAGAUUGUGAUUUCGCAUCUUUAGGCGACAGAAUUGAAGAUCGAGUGAAUACUUACGUUUGUAAUUUAAAAGACCUUGACUAUCCUAUAGAAGACUAUCCUUUAAGCAUUAAUAGUCAAAUCCUUUUAGAUCAGGAUAUUAACGAGACAGAUAUUCCUGAAUCGGCUGAAGAUAUUUCUAACAAUGAUAGUUCAACUAUCCCACAUGAAACAACCAAUGUCACUAUAAAUGACCGUGAUAGUGCAGAAAAAUCAAUUAAUCGAACGGAUAGUGGUGUUAAUAUCCCGGAUAGUUGCGUUAACGGGCCGGAUAGUGCCGUUAAUCAGCCGGAUAGUCGUACUACCGAAGUGGCGUUACAACAGCGAGGGAUGUUAGGGUUUCCCAGACGUGCAGGGUACAGGAUGAGAGGCAAAUCUCGGAUGCAACGCAACAAUGCAGCGAGGGUGCUGCAGAUGCAACAGAAUCCAGAUGCACUUUGUGGCAUCGUGUUCAUGAAGGAGCCACUGAUGGCUAAGAUUCUGUUCAUGGUGCUUGUGGACAUGUCCCGGAGUAACCCCCACUUAUCGUACUUGAGCGUACAGUAUUGCGGCACGGAGCUACCGGCCGAUCCCGGGACUGAGCCCCGCGAGUGUCUGCGCCAGGGGAAGCGGCAGGAGGACGUGCUCAAGAAAUUCCGCAUGCACGAGUGUAACCUGCUUCUAGCGACGUCUGCGCUAGAAGAGGGCAUUGACCUUCCGCGGUGCAACCUCGUCCUCAGAUGGGAUGUACCGCCCUCCUACCGCUCGUACGGUCUCUGUCGCGGCCGAGCCCGUGCUACCCGGGCUACAGCUGCGCUACUGUGCAGCAACAGUCGCGAAACUACGGAGAUGCUGCUGCAAAACGUCGCUACUUACAGGGAGCUGGAUCAGAUUAUCAGCAGAAAAUGCGGCUGUGGCAUUCAGGAUGAACCUCCGCAAACCGAGGAAGACCACGCGGACGCCUUCACAAGCUUCGUCAAACCCUACACUCCUAUAGAUAUUAGCCAAAAUAUACAGGAAAGCAAAGAUAUCAAAGAUAAAGAUAAAGAUAAGGAUGAGAGCAAAGAUAAAAGUGCAGCUAGCAAAAGUAAAAAAGUCAAAUUCGAAAGUAAAGUUCAAGAAAAAGUUAUAACUGAUAAUGCAAAUGGGAUAGACACGGGUGAUAAUAAUAUAAGAGUAAAUAAUAAUGUAAGUUUAAAUAACGAUAGUGCGAAUAUUCAUUCCAAAAAUAACAACGAAAAUAUAACUGAAGAAGUUAACACUAAUAAAAAUAAUGCCGAAAACAUUAUUAACAACGCAGUGAAAACAGUUAAUAAUGUCGUUAAAUCUGUUAACGAAGUAAUAAAUAAUGUUAACGAAGCUGUUAAUAUAGGAAUUAACGAUCUCAUUAACCAAAUUAUUGACGAAACCGCUAGUUUGAAUGUUAGUGAUGAACUAGAAAACAAUAAUGGUGACAUUUCUAAUAACGUAGACGCUCAAACGUCACAAAAUAGCGAAACUGGCGAAUUGGAGGUAAAAUUGGACAAAAAUCAUGUUGAUAUCGAUAAUCAUUCGAUAAGAAAUGAAAUCGAUAUUGAACCAAUUAAAACUGAAAUCGAAAAUCAUUCGAGUACAAACGACUCGAUAAAAACCGAAACCGAUAUUGAACCGAAUACAACCAAAAUCGAUAAAAGUUCGAAUGACAAAGAAGAAUCGAAUAAAGAAAUCGAGUUAUCGUUCAAUAAUUGUGAGAAGUGUUACAACGUGAAGAUCAGUGGUGUGUGUCUGUGUGCUAAUGUUAAUAUGUACUAUCAACUCUUGGCUAAAGCUAGUGCGAUGAAUAAGACGGAUUUCAAGAAGAAUAUUAGUGAAAAUGAACCUACUGCUAGUGUUGAUUUGAGUACUGCAAUCGCGCUUAUUAAUAGGUACUGCGGCAAACUACCUUCAGACACAUUCACCCGACUGGCUCCUCAGUGGUGGAUGGAAGAGAUUCAGCUGCCGGUAGCCGGGUACAAUGAUACCCGGACCGCUUACAUCUGCACGCUGCGACUGCCUCUCAACUGCCCCGUCAAGUAUAAUAUAGUGGGACACCCGAUGCCCACUAAGGUGUUGGCGCGAAGGAUGGUGGCGCUACAAGCGUGCAGGAUACUGCACAAGAGUGGAGAACUGGAUAACCAACUGAUGCCUAUAGGUAAAGAGAACUUCAAGGCGGCUGAGCUGGGCGGGUCGGGCGCUGCUCGGGAGACGGACGCCGGCGACUCAGCCCGCCCCGGCACCACCAAGCGACGGCAGUAUUACUAUAAACGAACAGCCUGGGCAUUCACGGACUGCCAGCCGGUCAUAGACUCGACGGACGAGGAGAUAUACCCGGGCGUAGACCCCAGCACGUUGGACAUAGACAGCGACACAGAGCCGGGACAACCGGAGGAUACUCAGAAGGAAGAGGCGGGUGAGGAAGUCAGGAAAGAGGGGGGAGGUAAAAAGCGCAACAUGCUAUACGCGAUAGUGUGCAAGCUGUGGUGUGCUCUGCCGGAGCGCUACAACACGCGCGGCCGCCGCCUGCACGCGCCGCAGCUCGCCAGCCAAGCUAUAGGCAUACUCAUGUCCCGCCACGAGCCUGACAGCCUUCAGAUCCCAGCAUUCCCUGUGUACACCCGAUCAGGCGAGGUCAGAGUGUCUGUGGAGCACGUACCAUCGGCAGAUGUACGGGUCUGCCCGCGCAGAGCCAAGCUGGUCAGGAGGUUCAUGCGCUUCGUGUUCGCGGAGGUGCUGCGAGUGCGCAGACGCGGCAUGAAGCUACAGAGCGAGGGCUCUACGCACAACAACUACUACAUCGUGCCUACUGUUAAGACUACAAACGAAGAUGGUACCCACAAAAUAGACAUAGACUGGGCAUUCCUAGAACUGAUCUACCAACACACAGAAGAAAAAAAACUCUCAGACAUAGAGAAACCGCUCCUCUGGCAAGACAACCCGGACGAAGAGCAUAGAGUAGAGAGGGAGAGCCAUAGACGGAGGAGGGGGAAGAAGAGGAUGGCUAAUCCUCUUUUGAAGAAAGGAGAAGUGUUUGUCUUUGAUGCUGAGAAGUAUAGCGAGGCGGUCGUCACUCCGUGGUAUAGGAAUCAGGAUCAACCACAGUUCUUCCUCGUAGCGGAGAUCUGUUGGAACCUGACCCCCGACUCGUCAUUCCCGUCAGCGACCCACCAGAGCUUCAGAGACUACUACAGCACUAAGUACGGAGUCAGCCUGACCCAGAGGGAACAGCCGCUCUUCAGAGACUACUACAGCACGAAGUACGGAGUCAGCCUGACCCAGAGGGAACAGCCGCUGUUGGAUGUAGACCACACCAGUGCCAGGCUCAACCUGCUCACUCCCAGAUACGUGAACCGCAAAGGAGUGGCUCUUCCAGUAUCCUCCGAGCGUACUCGCCGAGCCAAACGCGACCGCCUCGACCAGAAGCAGAUCCUCAUACCCGAGCUGUGCCGGGUGCAUCCAUUCGCUGCACCUCUGUGGUUCGCUACAGUGGCGCUGCCCUGUGUGCUGUACAGAAUAAACGCCCUUCUCAUAGCGGACGAGAUUCGUCGCGCGGUGGCCAUUGACGUGGGGCUCGGUAUACCCAAGAUCAACGAGGAUACCAUGCCGGGCUUCCAGUGGCCUGCACUCGACUUCGGCUGGAGUCUAGCUGAGGUAUUGAGCGCAGAUUCAGAGAAGAACGAUAAGAAGAAAGAAGAGGAAGAAUCUAAGAAAGAAAAAGAAGAAAAAGAAAAGAAAAUGAUAGAAGAAGGACAGAAGAGCACAGAAGUGGAGAAGAGUGAGGAAGUCAGAGAGAAGACAAUCAAUGAUAUACUGCAGGAGAAGGAAGACGCUGCCGCUGAGGCGUUUGAAAUCGGCACUUGGAGCAACGACAUGGCGUCUUCCAUCCCCGAGUCGAGCGAGUUCGACGAGCUCAUGGAGCCGCUGCCUUCUAACCUCACCUUCUGCACUUCUGCCAGUGGAGGCACUGACUGGUGCGAUCCUACAGGCAGGCACAAGUACAGCAAGAACUUCGCCAUGGCCGACAGUGAUGACUCCUUUAUGUCCAGUGACCUGGACUCGGAUGACUCGGAGCUGGAUUACGACGGGACGGAUGAGGAGACUGACACCAGUGGCUACGGGAGCGCCAGGAAUCCUAACACUUCAAUGGGCGUCCGCAUAGAAUACAAGACAGCCCACGAGGCCGAAGCCUUCGACAUCGAGCGCGUCAAGAAAGUCAACCCGGCACCGCUGCCCGACGACCAUGAUGACGCCGCCGACCGGGCCGAGCACGACAGGGUUAUACGACAGGGCAGUGCGCCACAAGAGUACAUCGAAAAAUUCCGCGCUUCAGUCGCCCACCAUAAACAAGAGAUCAUACAAAAGAACCACUUAAUAACCAAAGACAAUCACAUCACAGACAUCUUACCAGAGACUAAAGACUCCUACCAUAGCGCCGUCAUCUGCAAACGCAGCGAGAAGGAUGCUAUCAGCGAACUAUUUCCUUAUGGCACAGACGAAUUAAGCGUCAAAAACGGACAAAUUGACAUUGAAAGUAUAGAAAAAAAUAAACGAAAAAUUCUCCAAGAUUUGAAGAAUAAUUUGAGUAAAGAAGAAGUGAAGAAGUUGAAUUGUUUCGCUAUGAAGGACAUAAAUAUUGAUUCGGAAGAUUAUGUGAAUGAGAAAGUGGUUAAUGUUGGUUUUGAUACUAAAGAAGGGUAUGAGAAGGCGAGUAAGGGGGUGGGGGAGUUUAAGCCUUAUUACGAAGAUGGUAGGGGGGGUAAGGAGUUCGAUUUUGAUUAUCAACCGACGCUAGAAGGACAUCCGGGGCCAAGUCCUAGUGUUAUAUUGCAGGCGCUAACAAUGUCGAAUGCCAACGACGGCAUCAACCUGGAACGCCUGGAGACCAUCGGAGACAGCUUCCUCAAGUUCGCCAUCACAGCAUACCUGUACUGCGCACACCCCACUGUGCACGAGGGCAAGCUCAGCCAUAUGCGCAGCAAGCAGGUAUCGAACCUCAACCUCUACCGCCUAGGACGCAACAAGCGUCUCGGAGCGCGGAUGAUCGCGUCUAAGUUCGAGCCCCACGACAACUGGCUGCCGCCCUGUCAUAAACCUCCGCCGACGCUACAUCCUAGGAUCAAUGGCGAAGGCAAAGACAUAAUGCAGCACUUGGACACGCCGCAGGACUCCGCCGGAUGCUUCAUACCUUACAACCUCAUCACGCAGCAUAGCAUACCAGACAAAUCAAUAGCGGACUGCGUGGAAGCCCUGAUAGGCGCGUACCUGUUGGAGUGCGGCCCCCGCGGAGCCCUGCUGUUCAUGUCGUGGCUGGGGAUCCGGGUGCUGCCGUGCCACCACGUGGCGCUGCAAGACACCCACCCCUACGUGGCUACUGCCGCCUGCAGUGACAAGCAGCAGGCCGAGGCUUCCCCCCAUCCCCCGCGCAGUCGCGUGUCGUCGUGCUCGGAGGACGAGGCGGAGGAGGUGUUCCCGGCGCAGUCGUGGUCGUGGCCGGCGCGGGCGGUCGGCUCGCUCAGGCCCUAUACUGAUGAGAACGGACGGUGGAUGCAGCCGAUAUUCGGCGAGCUGAAGGCGCCGCCGUCACCUCUGCUGCGAUACAUUGAAGACCCCGACGGAGAACUGGAACAGAUGCUCUCAGGUUACGAUGCACUAGAGCGUACGCUACAGUACCGCUUCAAGGACCGCUCGCUGCUGCUGCAGGCGCUGACGCACGCCUCGCAUCACGCCAACCGCCUCACCGACUGCUACCAGCGCCUCGAGUUCCUCGGAGACGCUAUACUGGACUACCUGAUCACGCGUCACCUGUACGAGGACGGUCGGCGCCACUCUCCGGGCGCGCUGACGGACCUGCGCUCCGCGCUCGUCAACAACACCAUCUUCGCCACCCUCGCCGCCAGGCAUGGCUUCCACAAAUAUUUCCGUCACAUGUCUCCGGGCCUGAACGAGGUGCUCACCAAGUACGUCAAAAUACAAGAGGAGAAUGGACACUCUAUUAGUGAAGAGCACUACCUGAUACAAGAAGACGAGAUGGAGCAGGCUGAGGAUGUGGAGGUGCCCAAAGCGUUGGGAGACCUGUUCGAGUCUGUCGCGGGCGCUAUCUUCUUAGACUCAGGCAUGUCCCUGGGCGCGGUGUGGAAGUCGUACGUGAACCUCAUGGGAGCCGAGUUGGAGGCAUUCAGCGCCGCCGCCCCCAAGUCGCCCGUCAGAGAGCUGCUCGAGGCCGAGCCUGAUACCGCCAAGUUUGGCAAGCCGGAGCGCCUGGCGGACGGGCGUCGUGUCCGCGUGUGCGUGGAGGUGUUCGGGCGCGGCACGUUCAAGGGCGUCGGCCGCAACUACCGCAUCGCCAAGGGCACCGCCGCUAGGUGCGCGCUACGACAUCUCAAGGUGCAUCGACCACAUUAGAACUUAAUAUAAGAGACAAAAUAAUACUUUUCAUCCCACCAUCUCGGAAAGAGUAGUCCCUUUGAUAUCUGAGCGCAAAAUUCGUUUUUAUCCUCUAGAGCGGCAAAGUGAUUUGAAUUUAGAACAUCGUGUGCAAUACUCCAUUUGUGACACUCUUGAUAAGACUUUUCAAACAAAUACAUAUUAAACAAAUAAAAUACUGCUUAAAAUAAUUAUUCAAUUAAUUAAUUCUCUUUUAUUAUUGUUUUUACACAGAUUUUUAACGUCGCUUCAUUUCUAAAGUGAGUUUUCAAAUAUAUGAACUUUAAUAGGUACAUCUUUUUAAUUUGAUACUCAUAAGUGGGCGCCAUUUUGUUUUUUUUUUGCAUUUAGUAAUUUCCUCGAUGAGGUGGGAUGAAAAGUUACGUGUUGCACUCGAGUGCAAAGAUUUUUCGCCUUGUGCUCUUUUGGUUCCCUCGCUAUCGCUCAGGAUUCUAAUUAUUGAAACACUCGCUACGCUCGUGUUUCAAUUUUAGAAUCCUUCGCUUGCUCGGUCAUCAAAAUUGAGCACGCGGUUAAAAAGCAACUUUGCACUCUUGUAUAACAAAUAACUAUUAAAGCAUAGUUUACACGAAGCCAACACUGGCAGCCAAUAAGACUGGCAACCAUCGCUGGCUUGGAAUUUGCCUCAGUUUUUCAAGCACUGGCGAUAAUAGAGUGCCCGUCUAUUUUCUAGCCAGUGACCUCCGCAGGACUGGCGCCAGCAUAACUGGCUUCGUGUAAACUCUGCAUAAGGCCCGGUUAUUCGUACGUUACGGUAAAGUUAAAGUUAAAAUUUUACCAUCGUCAAUUUUGACCACGGUUAAUUUGACGUUUUUAUUAAGACCUUUUUGUACCAUAUGUGUAUAUUAUACUAUUUAGUAUCAGUGCUUUUUAUUUUUCUUCUACAAUAAAUCGUUCACCGAUUAUUAUCGAUAGCCUGAAAUUUUUGAAACUUAUCGCGUUUGAGUUCCGAUUAGUUAUUAAUAUCUAUGCAUUAUAGGAACUCGAAAUACUGUAAUUAUUACCGUAUGUAUGUUUACAAUUUUAAACUUGACAAAGACAUUAUACAUCAUUUUAAUACUUUUUUGUUAAUUACACCACAUUUUUUGGUUUUAAAUCCAUCAAAAAUACUUCUAAAUACGAAUCGCAAUAUAUAAAAAAAUCCAUAUGUAAGUAAGGCUAUUUUAAGUUUUGAAAAAUGUUAAAUAUCUAAGUUAGAAUAAGAAAAAACUAUCGAUAAUUUUAAGCUAGUAAUAUAAGACAGUUAAUAUUUAUCUAUUAAUCUAGUUUGUAAGUAUCCUAUUACAAGAUUGAAUGAAAUUCAACGCAAAAUAUCUUCAUAGUUAAACCAUUCAUUCAUUUUCAACCGGCCGAUGUAUUGAAAGUGAAUGGAAAUAGGUUCAAUACGGGGACUACGAUUGAAUUUCAUUCAUUCUUUUAAAAUUUAUCUAAUAAUCGAGUUAUAAAAACAUGGAGAACAGAAAUACUAGCGGAGAUGUCAUAACGGAAAAUAUCGUAAGAAAGUAGCGACAACAUGCGGGUGUUCGGGGGACGAGGAACGUUACUGACUCCGCCCCCAUACGCCUUUGGAAACCGCCCAUCCCUACUAAUAUUAUAAAUGCAAAAGUAACUCUGUCUGUCUGUCUGUUACGCUUUCACGUCUAAACCACUGAUUGAUUUUAAUCAAAUUUGGUACAGAGAUAGAGUUGACCUUCAGAAAGAACAUAGGAUAGUUUUUAUCCCGGCUUUUUGAAGAAUUCUCUUGGAAACGCGAUAUAACCGAACUCUACGCGGGCGAAGCCGCGGGCGGAAGCUAGUUUGUUGUAAAACCAAAAAUCUUCGACAGAUGUAUCAAAUAACUCGAACGCCUCGUUAGGUUACUCAUAACGGAGCGUUUUGGUCACGCCCACAGUAUGUAUUUGACCAAGAAAAAGGCGCCUGAUGGCAUAUCCGCUCAUCUUUCCUUCCUCAGUGGCUAUAAAACAUUUAUUGGCUGUAAACAUUAUAUAUUAUGCUGAAAAGUGUCCAAAAUACAAGUCUUCACUUAUUCCGUGUUUAGAAAGACACAUAAAAUUUGUAGGGUAGUCAGGAGUCAAAAAGUUUCACAACUAAUCUUGCUAAGGAGUAUUGGGUUACCCGGGUAACUCAGCUGCAUCUUAUUAGACUGGGAGCCCAGAGUUGGGAUAAGGCUAUUUAAGGAUACUCGGUCUUGCCUGUGAAGCUACACACACACUUAACGCGAAUCAUAUUUAUUAUAAGUUUUCUAAAAGGACGCUAAUAAAUGUUUUAAAUCCAUAUAAAAUGUACUUAUAGUUAGAUAAUAUAAAAGACAGCUAAUCCUAUAUUUGCAUGUAAAAACUAUGUUCUUAUUUGAAGCCAGAAAUACGUGAUAAAAUCAUUGUACAUAUAUCAUAAAAUUAUAUAAAGACAUUCACCCUGUCUUUUUCCGAGCAUCGAUAAACUAUUGAACAGAUUUUUAUGUAUUUUUCGCCAACAGAUAACUAACGCCUUGCAUCUUAAUAAAGUAAGGGUCUUCACACAGACCGGCUCGGAGAGGAGAGCAAAUUCUUAAUACAUUGAAAAUCGAGUACUUAGUAUUUGUAGUAAGGUUUAUUUUUGGAUGUGCACUGCUUUUGUCAUUAAGAAUGCUCGAAGGCGCUUAGUGUGAAAUAAAGAGGAGCCGAUCGGCUUCGACCCUGUACUUUUUCUCGGUCUUGCAGACGUUUGGCUCCGAUUGCAUGCUCUUUCAGCCGAUCGGAGCCGACUCCGGUCUGCGUGAAAAGAAAAAUGUGCGCCGAUGCUCUCCGAACCGGUCUGUCUGAAUGGACCGUUAGGCAGCUGGGCCGCUUACAAACGCGCUACUUUUUAUAUCACAAAGAAGUUUGUGAUUUCAAGUUUCAGAAACGUAAACGAAUUUCUGGUUUCCGAUAUACAAGGUAUUCACUAAAGGUAAAUAAGUGUGAUGUGACUUUAUGUUAAAAAACUCAAUUAAAAAAUAAAAUGUGACCAAAAAAAAAUGCAAAUGCAAUGAUAAAAAUUACUUUAUCAAUUGAAUUAAUGUUUGUUUGAUAUACAUAUGUAUAUUUCUUUGUGUAAAGUCAUAUCAAAAUUGUCUACCUCUAGUUAAGUGUACGCAACUGACUCAAAUGGAAUAUACAUAGAUGUAAGUAUAAAUGAUAAUAUAAGCAAUUAUAAAAUCACUGCCAAUUUGUAUGUUUUGUGUAUUUUUAAUCACGAAGCUUAUUUAAUAAAAUUUUAAGAGUGCUAA